GUGACACAACGCCUAUAUAUUGGCCUACAUUCGAUAUCUUCUAUUCUUCUCACCGCAAUGGACGUCGAUUCCCCAAGAAUUCAAAAUUUUAUCAACGGGAAAUAUGUGGAUCCUGUCGAAACUGCGUCGAUAAAGUACACUGCAGUCACAACACCCCACACGGGUAAAGUAAUUGCACAAUGUCCGAUUUCUACCCCGAAAGACGUAGAAGAGGCU